AUGGCGAAUAACAUUGGAUUCCUAGAAGAACUUCCACUCCUUAGUUAUAAUGCUAAUAAUGGAAUGGUGUCCCAGGCUCAUGAUGAUGGAAAUGAAUUUGGAGAAAAUAUACCUUAUCGUAAAGGAAAAGCAAUUCAACUUGUUAAAUAUGAGAAUGAUGAGAUUGGAACGAUAACACUAAUUGAAGAAUCUCUUAAAAUCAUUCAAGAUAUUGAAGAACCUGUUGCGAUCAUUUCAGUCGUCGGUUCAUAUCGUAGAGGAAAAUCUUACUUUGCAAAUGUUCUACAUGGAAGGCAUGACGGUUUUGAACUCGGUUCCAAAGUAGAAAGUUGUACCAAAGGAAUUUUUAUGUGGGAUACACCAUUUCUUUACAACAAUCACAGAGUCAUAGUAUUGGAUUGUGAAGGAAUUGAUGACCCGAAUCAGGAUGAAACUUGGGCCAUGAAAUUAUUUAUAUUAUGCCUCGCCAUCUCAUCUACCUUUAUUUACAAUAUUAAUGGUAUCGUUGGUAGGGAUGAUAUUGGAAAAUUAUUCAUGAUGACUGAUUUAAGUAAAUUUUUGGCAAAAGGUGAAGAGAAUGAAAAGGAUUAUUUACCAAGACUUGUCGUGUUAUUGAGGGAUUUUGGAUUGGAAUGUCCUGAUGAUUUUAAGGAAUAUUUUCUGGAGAAAUUGACUCAAGUUGAUCCUGAUGCCGCUGAUGGAAUCUUAAAUCAUUUUGAGGAUUUUGACGUUUACGCUUUGCCUCAUCCAGGGUGUAAAAAAAAGGUUCUUCAUAAUUUAGAACAAGUUAAAACGUCACAACUUGACCCAGAUUUCGUUGCUCAAACUUCAGAAACGGUUUCCGACAUUUACGAUACGCUUUCCACAAAACAAAUCAAUUCCAAGGCAUUGACAGGAAUUUUAUUUUCCAAAUUCUUGAAAGAUUGCAUUCAACACAUGAACACGACCACUUUAAACACGUUAUCAUUACCUACCCGUUACACUUCUCUCAUCAACUUUAUGUCAAAUUUAGCCAUAGAUAUGGGAGUCUCUUAUUAUUAUGAUAAGAUGACCAAAUUUUCAGAUCGUUUUCCCAAAGAUUGGGAUUCCUUUGAUUUUGAACAUGCCAUAAUAUUUUCUGAUGCUGAUUUUAGGUUUACCGAGAAGUUGAUUGGAAAUUAUCAUCAAACUACCGAUGCCAGAGGAGAGUUUAAUAACUUGAUAGAGAAGGAAAAAAAAAAAUUCUUUAAGAUGAAUUCUGAAAACUUAAAGAAUUAUAAUUUGAAUUUGGCAAAUAGUUUAUGGCGAGUUCAUAUUAAACCCGGAUUAACUUCUGAUUAUCUAUUUGAGUCAAUUCAAAGUCCAGAAGCAAUGGAAAUAUAUACACAAUUUAAAGAUCAAGAAACGGAAAUCGCACUAGAUACAUUAAAAAAGAUGUUUAAAAUGAGAGAUGCUAUUAAGUCUACAAAGGACGCUCACGAAGAAUUAAUUAAACAAAUUAAUCAAUCUACAGAAAGACUAGAUCAAUUAUUAGAAGAAAGUAUUCAAGACGAAUCUGAUCAUAAAGAAAGAAUUGACGAACUUUUUUCAACGAUUGAAAACCUUCAAGUUCGAUUAUCUCUGAUCACUACCUCCGACAACUAG